AUGAACUUUGUUCGAUAUUUCCGGCGUGAUUCGAUUGGGUCGAAACAGGAUCUUGAUCUUGAAAAUUCGCCGGCAAUAGUGGUUUCCGAAUAUCCAGACGCAGACACGCAUACAGCUCCACAUACACAAACAGCCACAGACAACAAUACAAUGAGUCGCUCAAAACACGAGGGUUCGGACUCGGGGCAGUCGACGCAUUCGCAUAGUCCCAAAACAAUCCCCCCGCAAACCUUCCCCCUCGCACACCCACCUCCCAGAUCCAAAUCCAAGUCGCAAAGCAAAUGCCUGCGCCUCUCCUCGCGCCUCCUCCUACAGAUCCAGCAGUUGCACUACUCGUCAACCUUGUCACCGAACGGCGCACCACGUGCAGUCCCCAUCCUGGAACUCUACCAGCCCUCGACGUUUGGAAAGUCUGUUGGUGCGCGCAAGGCGCAUUCGAGGGAUAUGUAUCUGGUGCAGAGUGAGCCGUUUGUGCAUUUGAGGCGGAAACAGAAGUCGGGGGUGGUGAAUGGGGUUAGCAAUGGGAAUGGAGCUACAAAUGGGACGAAACCUCGAUCAGGAUCUGGCGCCUCUCGACGGAAGAGCAAGUCGUCACAGGACCACGAAAGCUCAGGAGACGAGGACCGCGAGCGCAAAAUCCGCUCCAAGAAGGCUGCUAAAGAGCCAAAUGCAGAGGAAGAUGAAGAAGACGUCGUCGCAGUCAUCCACACGUCUCCGAAACCCAAAACCAAAGGCGACGAGCCCGCGGAAGCAGAGCUCUACUUUCCGCUCUCUGGCGCUAUCUGGAACGCUACAUCCCCUUCACCCGGCCAAUACCGCUUCAAGCAGGACCUCGAAGGGAACGGGCUGGCCGGGGACAACGAUGCAGGCGUGAUAUUCUCAUGGGAGAAUCGACCGCCGAGCGCAUCAAGCACAGCCACGGAGAAGAGCGACGAGGGCGACCGGUUCGUCCUCAGUGUAUCGGGCACGACGUCAUCGCGCAGGCCGUGGUUGGCGCAGUUGACGAGGAGGGGCUUACAUGUUGGGGGCAUGGAUGCGUGGCAAAGGGAGCUCCGGGCGUUGGCGAUCGACGAUGGGGCGGACGGCGCGGGGCUGUACACGCUGAUUGUCACCAUGGGCGUUUGGGUCGCCCGGCGCGAGGGGUGGGUGAAUUAA